AUGCUCCUCCUGCUCCUCCUGCUCCUCCUGCUCCUCCUGUCUAUGCGUCCCAUCGGCCUCUGCUGCUGGAAAGGCAACAGACAAGAAAGGGAGAAUGCGAAGAAAAAAGGAAACACAGAAAAGAAGGAAACUGCAGAGAAGGAAACUGCAGAGAAGGAAACUGCAGAGGAGAAGGAAAUUGCAGAGAAGAAGGAAACUCCUGAGAAGAAAGAAACUCCUGAGAAGAAAGGAGCAGAGAAGAAAGGAGCAGAGAAGAAAGGAGCAGAGAAGAAAGGAGCAGAGAAGAAGGGGAACACACAGAAGAAGGGAGGUGCGGAGAAAAAGGCCAGCGAAGGGAAGGAGAAGCCGAAAUCCGAAGGGAAUCGAAAGAGUGCGCGAGAAAGGAAGCAAGUUGAGCACUUGACGGUGGAUGAUAAUUCACAUACUACCCAAAAGAAGCAGGAGGAAGGUUCCGAACCGAAAUCAAAGAAGCAACGAGGCUCGGCAGAAACUUCUAAGAUCUCGAAGGCAGUGAGCGAAUGGAAACCUGAGGAGGGUCAGUUUGGAAAGUUUUUCAUCAAGGUGUCAAACGAGUGGAGGCAUCUGCUAGGAUUUCGCGUGUAUGAGGCAGACAAGAACUCAACAGCACAGGAGAAUGAUACAAGAUUCAAACUGAGGGAGUGGUACUGUGCUAAGGAGAUUGAGCCCGAGGGGGGGUUCAAGAGCGGGGAGCAACGAUUCCUUCCUUGUGGUCCGCGGUGGAGGUAUGAGAACAUGCCCAACGACAGUUUCGUCUAUGUUGAAGUUAAGCACUUGUCCGUUGCGUUGGGCAAGUCCACGAGGAAAUUCGUUCAGAUUGUGAAUGAGCAGGGGAAAGUGAAGGAAGCGUAUGAGAAGCUGCCAGUAGAUCCGGAGCUGUUGGCCCAGCAGGAGGAGGAGGAAAAGAAGAAGAAGGAGAAGGAAGCGUUGAAAGAGCAGAAACAGGUCGGCGCACUGCUUGCCAGCAGUACGGCAGAAAGAGAAGGAGGCAGCGAAAAAGAGGCGAGGGAGGCCAGGGAAGCAGCUAAGAAGGAGGCCAAGGAGGCGGCGAAGAAGACGAAGAGAGAGGAAGGGGAAGAGGAUGGCGACGAGAAGCCGAAAGCGAAGAAAGCAAAGGCAGGGGGACGCGCGAAGGACAAGAAAGAGAAGGAGGAGAAGGAAGGGGAUGAAUCAGCAGCGAAGGCAUCCGAGGAGGAGAAGAAGGAAGAGGAGGCAGCUACAGAAGAGUCCAAGGCAGAGCAGAACGCAGGGAGCGAGGAAAAGGCUGGAGAGCAGGAGCCGUCAAACGCACUAGACAACGUCGUCGAGCCUCCUCCCACCGACGAGGCUGCAGCUGCGGCUGAAGCUACCUCAUCAGACAAGCCAGCAGCAUAA